AUGACUACUGUAACGGGGAUCAGUCUUUAUCUGGAAGACGAGGUGGACGCCGGAGUUCACUUGGAGCUCUUGCCACAGCUGGAUCUGGAGUUCACCCCUGCCAUCGUGUACGACCCGGAGGCGGUAGCCGCUGCCUGCGGCUCCCUCCGUCAGAGCAUCAGCCAAAAUCGAGUGGAGGGAAAGAUGAUUCUUUAUCUGGAAGACGAGGUGGACGCCGGAGUUCAGUUGGAGCUCCUGCCACAGCUGGAUCUGGAGUUCACCCCUGCCAUAGAACGUUGUAGACCGGCGGUAGCCGCUGCCUGCGGCUCCCUCCGUCAGAGCAUCAGCCAAAAUCGAGUGGAGGGAAAGAUGAUGUGCGGAGCGGACGCAGAGUGGGAGCUUUCACCUCGUGGGCGGGAACCUGUAGCGACCUUCCAGAUUGCGGCUUUGAGGGGGCCGUCGUUCCUCCUCCCCCUGCAGAGAGGGAGCUCUGGUUUUACGAAGGAAACAUCAUUGUCCCGCUCUUGCACAAGGGGGCUCACGGAGAGCACGCAGGGAUGCACUGCUACCCCCCCCCCCCCCCCCCCCCCC